AUGUCGUCGACCUCGUCGGGCGAAAAUGCCCAGCCGCUGCGUGGCCGCACGCUGUCUCGCGCCAAAAAGGGCACAGACGGCCCCCGCGUGAAGGAGAAUAACAUCGGCGCCGGUAUCAUAGGAGGCAACGAGGCCGCCGUUGAUUCUGCUGACGUUGAGCGCGAGUUCAAUGUGACGCCCCGAGAUCGCCAGGAGGCACAGGAGACCGCAGACCGCAUGACCCUGGACGAAGUGAAAGAACUCUUGACGCAAGUUCUCAAGAUCCACGGAAGCGACCCUAACUUUCCGUACAAGAUCCUCGACAAGAUUGAGGAGUUUCUUGAGAACCGCGACGUGUUUGAUCGCCCCCAUCGUCAUGUCCAACUCAUCAACGAGAUGAAGCUCGAGGCUGCCUUGAUCACCAACAACAGCCCGUAUGCAGAGGUCCGCUGCGUGGUUGAGAAUUACGACGAUCCGUCGAUCCCGAGCUCGACUAUCCGUGCCUGGAUCAUUGGUCUUUUCUUCUCCUGUGUCCUUGCUUUUGUAAACCAACUCUUCUCGAUCCGCCAGCCCCCCAUCGCGAUCGGAGCCAACGUGGCCCAGCUGUGUGCUUACCCCAUGGGCAAGUUCCUGGAGCGUAUCCUGCCCGACUGGGGCGUUACUCUUUGGGGCGUUCGUCACUCCUUGAACCCUGGCCGCUUUUCCAAGAAGGAGCACAUGUUGAUUACCAUCAUGGCCACCGUCGCUAGCAACGUUCCCUACACCAACAACAUCAUCUGGAUCCAGUAUCUGCCGCAGUUCUUCAAUCAGUCCUACGCCGGUCGGUUCAGCUACCAGAUCCUCGUUGCCCUCUCGACCAACCUGAUCGGCUACGGAAUGGCCGGCCUCACGCGCCGUUUCCUGGUCUACCCUGCAUACUGCGUCUGGCCGUCAUCGUUGGUGACGAUUGCCCUGAACACGGCCUUUCACAACGACAUGAACUAUUCCGUCUAUGGACCAGGCAGCGUCAGCUACUUCAUGUCGCGCUACAAGUUCUUCAUGUGCGCCGCUGGAGCCAUGUUUGUGUGGUUUUGGUUCCCAAACUACAUCUUUACGGCGCUGACCGCGUUCAGCUGGCUCACGUGGAUCGCGCCCAACAACGUGAACCUCGCGGCAAUGACUGGUUUCUACAGCGGUCUGGGCAUCAAUCCGUGGCCGACCUUUGACUGGAACGUUCUCUCGUUUGAUGGCGAUGACCCGCUCAUGCUUCCCUUCUUCGCGACGUUGAACAAGGUACUCGGGAUGGUUGUCUCAUGCCUGGUCAUUAUUGGCAUGUGGUACAGCAAUGCCUACUUCACCUCGUAUCUCCCCAUCAAUACCAACCAUGUCUAUGACAACACUGGGGCGCCGUACCAGGUAUCGAAGGCUCUCGACGACAAAGGGCUGUACGAUGCGGCAAAGUACGGGCAAUACUCUCCUGCCUACCUCUCCGCUGGAACCUUGACAGUUUACUUCUUCUUCUUUGCUGUGUAUCCGGCAUCCAUCGCGUACGUCUUUCUUCACCACCGAUAUGAGCUCAUAUCAGGAUUCAAGAACCUCAUCGGCUCCUUCCGCAAGAGCAAGAAAAGCUCCGGUGCCGCCAGAUUCACCGAUGUGCACGCCCGCUUGAUGUCGAGAUACACCGAAGUCCCCGAGUGGUGGUAUUUGCUCGUCCUGGCCGCCGCGAUUGGUUUUGGCAUCGGCGGCAUUGUCGGAUGGGAGACAUACACAACACCGGGCGUCGUUUUCUACGGCAUCGUUCUGUGCAUCAUCUUUGUUAUUCCCCUCGGCAUCAUCAGGGCUAUAACUGGAAUCGAGGUUGCCCUCAAUGUCCUCGCCGAGUUCAUCGGCGGCACGUUUUCGAAUGGCAACGCACUGGCAAUGAACUACUUCAAGUGCUUCGGGUACGUUACGUGCUCCAAUGCCACUUCGUUCGCCAACGACCUGAAGCUCGCCCACUACAUCAAAAUCCCGCCUCGCCAGACCUUCAUGGCGCAGGUCAUCCCGACACUCAUCUCGACCUUCAUCUGCGUCACCGUUCUCAACUUCCAAAUGACCCAGAUCCCCCACGUUUGCACCAAGGAUGCCCCAAACAACAUGUCGUGCCCAGGUAUCAACACGUUUUUCAUGGCGUCGGUUCUGUGGGGAACAAUCGGCCCCAGGAAGAUGUUCGGCCACAACGGCCAGUACACAGUCCUGAUGGCUGGCUGGGCGCUGGGUGUCGUGUUUCCCGUCGCGUUCUGGUUCGUGCGGCGCCGGUUCAAGUCGCACAAGUGGCUGCGCCAGGUCCACCCUGUCGUCCUGUUCUACGGCGCUUUGAACUGGUCCCCGUACAACCUGUCUUGGAUGCUCCCGUCGCUGCCCAUCGCCUACCUGUCGUGGAUGUGGUGCAAGUACCGGUAUCUCGAGUUCUGGGCCAAGUACAACUUUGUUCUCUCGGCCGCCUUCUCGGUGGGCAUCUCGUUGGCAGCCGUUGUCAUGUUCUUCACUGUGGAGUGGUUCGAGGUCGAUAUCAACUGGUGGGGAAACACGGUCGCCUAUCAAGGCUGCGAGGCAGACCCUUGCCCCCUCAAGGUGCUCGGCGACGACGAGGCCUAUUUCGGGCCUGGCCAGUGGCUGACAUAAGCGGUGAUGGGGAAUGUGGAUUCUACGUGGAGAAUAAUGGUGAUAGGCCACUCUUGUU